AUCACCUUCUGCAUUUGAUUAGAUUAAAGCCACAGUUUUUAUGCUCUUCUCAUUCCCUUUUUUUCUUUGUUGUCUGAGGCUCUGAACUCUGAGCUCAGUCACUAACUACUCAGUACUGCUACUACUCCUACUAUGCCAAUCAACAAUUUUUCUUCUCCUAAUUACUACUCCUACUAUUAUUCUCGUCGCAAUUCUAUUUCCAUGCCUUCUUCUUUUCUCAUUUUCUAACUUUUGUUCCUCUUUUUUACUUCUUUUCUUUUGAUAGGAAGAAAAAAAAAGCUUAGCUUGCAACAAUAUAUUUCCAAUAUGGCUCUGCCUCAAAUCUUGCCAUCCACUUCUUCUUCAAUAAUCCCAAGCAAAUCCCACUUAAACCCCCUGCUAAUUCCCACUUAAACCAUCCCCUUAAACCCUUCGUUUCUUCCCCAUCAGCACCACCGCCACUUCACCACCGCCAGUGGCGGCGCAGACCCAAUCUCCUCCGCUGCUCUGCCUCCUCAUUCUCCGAGAAACAUCACACCAACUCCCCCAAAUCCGACGACGUUGUCGAGCUCCCGCUCUUCCCUCUCCCUCUCGUCCUCUUUCCCGGUGCAAUCCUCCCUCUUCAGAUCUUCGAGUUCCGCUACAGGAUCAUGAUGCAUACCCUCCUUCAGACUGACCUCCGUUUCGGCGUGAUUUACGCCGAUGCCGCCACCGGCACCGCCGACGUGGGCUGCGUCGGGGAGGUCGUCAAACACGAGCGUCUCGUCGACGACCGGUUUUUCUUGAUCUGUAAAGGCCAAGAAAGGUUCCGGGUAACGAAACUGCUUCGGACUAAACCAUAUUUGGUCGCCGAGGUGACGUGGCUGGAGGACCGCCCGUCGGCCAAUGGGGACGAAGACUUGAACUCCUUAGCUAACGAAGUCGAGACUUACAUGAAAGAUGUGAUACGUUUAUCCAACAGGCUGAACGGGAAGCCCGAAAAGGAGGUCCAAGAUUUGCGGAGGAAUCUGUUUCCGACGCCGUUUUCGUUUUUUGUGGGGUCGACGUUUGAAGGGGCUCCCAGGGAGCAGCAGGCGUUGCUGGAGUUGGAGGACACGGCCACGAGAUUGAAGAGGGAGAAGGAGACUUUGAGGAAUACUUUGAAUUAUUUAACCGCGGCUUCUGCGGUAAAGGACGUUUUUCCAUCAUCUUGAAAAUGUCGAACUUUAUACGAUUAUUAUGAAGAAUUAUAUGUUAUGGAUUUGUAAAUGUUGAUAGAUGGAUGCUGAAUUACUAUAAUGGGCAGCUUUCAAAUUUUUUUCUUUAGCUAAUCAGAUUAAUGCAAUGCAACAUAGUAAAUGAAUAUGAGUCGAAACCGUAAGGUGAUAGAAUAAUACUAAUAAUAAUAAUAAGCAGAAAAGAACUUGAGAAACUUUAUCCUUUUUUCUUCCCCAGAGUGAAGCUGGGAUUUUUUCCCCCUGGUAACAACUAUCUUGGAUUGUUUGCUUGGUUUGUAUCUAAUCAACAUGUCUUUGGAGUGGUACUGAGUCUGUGUGAUAUGCGAUAGCUAGUGGCGUCUUGUAAUCAUGAAUUUCAUGAGGAACUGCUGAUUGGCAAUUUAAUUCUUCUUAAUAUAUUGCAUGUUUUGAGUAGUCUAGCAGGGGAGCAAGUGAAGAAUACAGGAAUAGAGUAACUAGACUUUCAAUACAUGAUGGAAGUGGAUGAGAUGGUUUGAAGGAAUCCUAAAGUUUGUUUCUCUGUGCCUAUUGUGGGAUCUUUUUCUUAUGAUAAGCACAAGUAGUGAUUGAUGGUAGCUUUUGUUGAUUGUGAUGAGUGAGAUGAUCGAGGAGAUAGGAACAUUCCAAGGUGAUUUUCUAGUAUUAUUGCUGUUGUUUAUGCCAGUAUGUUGUGCUAAUUUUGUUUAGAAACAUUUUACAUGCAAUUGGUGCAAGUGACGGUGAUAUGACAAAGGCAGUUGAGCUUUGUUUUACAAUUAUAUUAUGCUCUGGCCUGUGUGAUUGAGUAUUCGAGAAAAAGUUUGCUGUGACCUUUAAGUGUGGAAAAUCUAGUUGCUAUAAAUCUUGGAACUCCUGACUUUUUGAGACUUUUUCUCAAAGCAUACGAAGCAUUUGCACUCAUUUAUUUAUUUAGGAAUUCUGCAGCAGUCAAGCUUGAUGUUCCCUUUUUAUUAUGCUUCUGAUGGUUUCACCUUUUUUUUUUUUUCCCUUUUGGAGGCUUUUUAUAUAUGGCUCUAUUGCUUAGAACGGUUGUGCCUCAGAUUUUCUGUUCUGUAAUCUGUAAUAACAUUGGUCUUUCAACAUGCUGAGUCUUCAAACACUCUUUCAAAUCGUCUGAGGUUUCUGUUGGAAAUGUGGAGAACAUUUGUCACAACAGAGCUUCCACACACAGCGUCGUGGAACUAGCAGAUGCCAUGGUGGAACUUUUCAGCGCAAUAGAGCUCCUUCUGUUGCGCACAAUGUCGUGGUGGAACCAUCUAUCAUUUUAUUGGAGCUAAGCAGAUUUCUUGUGCAAUAAUUUCAAACUGAUACUACUACAGUGUGCUCGUCAAAUCAUCCUCUGUGAAGGUGUAGGUGGGAAUUUUAUUUGCAGGUCGUGGUCCUUCAUGGUGUUCCCUUGUGUCCCAGUAUUGUGUGCGUCUCUUUUUCCAAUAAAGAUUCAGGAGAUAGAUCCAUGGAACAUUAUUAUUCUUUUGUCCUGGAGAUAUCACCAUUUCUGACUGGUAUUUAUUCACUUGAAGGUUU